CCCCUCCUCCUCCUCCUCCGCCUCCGCCUCCUCCUCGAAUUCGCCGCGAUCCGCGCGAACCGCACCGGCACGGGGAUCCCCCCCAGAUGGAGACGGCGGCGAAGGUGGUGGGCGAGGCGGAGGAGCUCCCCAAGACCAUCGUCCGCCGCGUCGUGAAGGAGAAGCUCUCCGCGUGCUCCGACGACGGCGGCGUCGUCUCCCUCCACAAGGACGCCCUCCUCGCCUUCUCCGAGAGCGCUCGCAUCUUCAUCCACUACCUCUCCGCCACAGCGAACGACAUAUGCAAAGAAUCGAAAAGGCAAACUAUUAACGCCGACGACGUAUUGAAGGCGCUGGAGGAGAUGGAAUUUCCCGAGUUCAUCGGCCCUCUUAGAGCAUCUCUGGAUGAGUUCAGGAAGAAAAAUGCUGGAAAGAAGGAAAUGGCUAAGGCAAAAGAAUCGAUGAAGAAGAAGAUGGAGGGAGAACCUUCACAAGCAAAAGGAGAUGGUGAGAGAGAGAAAAAUGGAGGCACUAGUAAUGGCACUGAAGAAGAAAGUGGAACUGUGGUUAAAGACAAGGCUAAGACAAAAGAAUCGAUGAAGAAGAAGAUGGAGGGAGAACCUUCCCAAGCAAAAGGAGAUGGCGAGAGAAAGAAAAAUGGAGGCACAAGUAAUGGAACUGAAAAAGAAAGUGGAACUGUGGUUAAAGACAAGGCUAAGGCUAAAGAAUCAACCAAGAGAAAGACGGAGGGAGAACCUUCCCAAGCAAAAGGAGAUGGCGAGAGAAAGAAAAAUGGAGGCACAAGUAAUGGAACUGAAAAAGAAAGUGGAACUGUGGUUAAAGACAAGGCUAAGGCUAAAGAAUCGACCAAGAGAAAGAUGGAGGGAGAACCUUCCCAAGCAAAAGGAGAUGGCGAGAGAAAGAAAAAUGGAGGCACUAGUAAUGGAACUGAAGAAGAAAGUGGAACUGUGGUUAAAGACAAAGCUAAGGCCAAAGAAUCUACCAAGAGAAAGAUGGAGGGGGAACCUUCCCAAACCAAAGAAGGUGGCAAGAAAAAGAAAAAUGGAGGCAUUAGUAAGGGCUCUGAAGAAUGAAGUCUAAUUGAGGUUAACGUCUGGGUGGGGUAGGUUGAUCUUGAUGUGAGUCGAAAGGGUAUUUGACUGGACAAAUUAGGGGUUCCUAUCAGCAAGCAGCAGCAUCAAACUGAGGCAUCCAAUGGAAGAAACACAUCCAUAUAUAUCUACUGAGGUCAUCAAAGUCGAGCUUCGUGAGCUGGGGCAUGCUUAGAGUGAGCUCACUCCCUCCAAGAACAGUUUAGCAUACAAGAGCUUCUUCUAUCAGUAACGUGCAGUGUGACGCCAGUGGUUAGAACAGCUUAUAUGUUCAGUUAGUAAUGAUCAGUGGAGUGGUGCCAGUGUUAUUAGGUACAUUGUAUUGUUCUUGCUUCAUAUGUUUUCAUUAAUAUUAGCUGGUCCUCGAACAGGUAACUUUUGUAGCUCAUGGAUACCGUGAUCUUGCCCACAUUCUGUUGCCUAUGUCGACCAUUAUUUUUGCAA